AAUGAUUGCCCAUAAGGUACACAUACCGACAAGAUAGGUGACUCACCCUACGUUUUCGCCGACAGAUUUUCAGUCUAUCCUCGAAUCCCGUUCACUGAACAUCGCCCGCGAUUUUCAUACAUGUGUAAACGAACGAAAAUUCAAACCAAUUCAAAACACUAUCAUUUCACUCACAUAAGAGAUUCGAAAUACUUCAGAAAUGCAUUUUCACCGUUCGAGUUUUAAGAAAUUGGCAAAUAAACAAUACUUUGUGAGGGAAAGAUUUUUUAAAAUUUUCAAAAGAUUAGUACAAACAACACAGUUUGAUGAUAAAAAACGAAUGAGUGCAGUGACAAUUGAUUAUAAUGGAGAUUGAGUGUGCAAGUUUGUGUUUGAAAUUUAGUAAAAUUUUUUUUUAUUUUGCAUUCCAUCUUUGUGUAUGUGUAGAAAAAGCAAAAGAGAAUUAUUAAUAUUGAAAAGUGAGAAUUUUAAGGAAAGUUUUUCAUUACCUCAGUGCCGAUCAAUUUUAGAUCAAAUGAGAAAAAACGGAUUUCAAAUAAUCGGGUCUACCGAUGAAAUGGACAAAACUUAAAUGAAUAGAAUUAUCAGUGCUUUAUAUUUUUAGAGCACUGAAGAAAAAUAUUGUGAUUGUUGUGUUGUUGUUUUUAUUUUAUCGAUGUUUCUUUGAAAAUGUUUUCCACCAUGGCGUCCAUGGCAUUCGAACAAAACAGUUCGUUUUAUACCACCGCCAUGGGGAGCAGUACUCUUGAUGGAUUUUCAGUUUCACUACCGGAACCCGAAAAUGCGACUUCCCUUCCUUAUAUGUUACCAGCAUAUAUCAGGACAACAUCUAUGGUGGUGUGCAUUAUGGUUAUGGUGUUAGGGAUUAUAGGUAAUCUCAUGGUGCCGUUGGUUGUACUACGAGGGAAAGACAUGAGAAACAGCACGAACAUCUUUCUGGUGAAUUUAAGCGUGGCUGAUUUGUGCGUAUUAUUAAUUUGCACGCCCACUGUCCUCGUGGAAGUCAAUUCAGGACCACACGUUUGGCCACUCGGAGAACACAUGUGUAAAGCGGUACCAUUCGUGGAAUUAACAGUAGCUCACGCCUCAGUCUUAACUAUAUUGGCCAUUAGUUUCGAACGUUAUUACGCUAUUUGUGAGCCAUUAAGGGCGGGGUACGUAUGCACCAAAGCGAGAGCCACCUGUUUGUGUCUGCUGGCAUGGAUAACUGCAGCGCUUUGUACAAGUCCGAUCCUGUUGAUGACGCAUUACAAAUUGGAGAAGGACCAGAACGGCACUCUAUUUCCAACAUGUUCAACCCCAGCCGAUUCAACAUUGACAGAAAUGUUCUUUCUGAUAAUAAUAAUUGUCUUCUUUAUCAUUCCUUUCCUAAUCCUUCUUGUCCUCUAUACAGUGAUAGCACGACAUCUAAUGGAGAAUCCGGCAAUAAGUCGAGGACCAGCCAAUAAUCUACUCAAGUAUCGUAAACAAGUGGUCCUAAUGCUCGGCACAGUGGUUCUUUGCUUCUUCAUUUGUCUACUUCCAUUUAGGGCAUUGACAUUUUGGAUAAUUGUUGCCCCGCCUGAGACAAUAGUGACCCUUGGCCUCGAGGGCUACUAUUGUCUCAUCUAUUUUUGUCGAGUAAUGCUUUACCUUAAUUCGGCGAUCAAUCCGAUUCUCUACAAUCUAAUGUCAACGAAAUUCAGAGAAGGCUUCCUUAGGCUCUGUGGAAUAUCAAAGACAAAAGUGAAAAGAAAAAAGGAGAGUUCGGGUCGCACGGGAACCACUGGCUCAACAACUGGCAGCAGUACCAAUCAAUCUGAUUACUGGAGGAGGCAUAGCAGUAAUAAAAGUUGUAGCGUUAAGGUUCCGGAUGUUGCGUCCGAUAAGCAAAUAAAACUACCGCUUUUGUCGGCUGUUACCGGAAGUAUUAUUGGCAAAAAGCAGGAGAGUUAUGUAUGAGACUAAAAGUCUGUUGUUGGUUUUGUUCCGUUAUUUUAUAUUUCUGAGUAUAGGAUUAGAGAGAACUUUAUUCAAUUUUUAGCAAUUUUUAAUAAGUGUCUCACAACUGGACAUAUUUUUUUUUUUUUUUUUUUGACAAAAGCGAUCAUAACUUUUUUUGAGUCCAUCUAAACACUAUACUUUCUUUGAAUAAAAGUUGCGUAUUUAAGUUACUUUUUGAACGGUAUAUUUUAUUUACAAUUUCGUUUACCCAUUUACAAUUUAUGGGUAAAAAAAACCCGUCUCAUACCUAGACACACUUUUUACAAAGUUUGGAAUCGUACGUGAUUUGCAGAACAGUUUCGUAAAAAUUUCUAAAUGGCAACGUAAUUUUAAAAAUAAUUUUUAACUUAAUUUUGCAAAAACUGAGUCACUAAUUUACAAUGGUAAAUAGUCCCAAAAAAAUGUGAAAUUGGUUAGAGAAAUGUCAGGGAAUCUUAUCAAAAGUACUGAAAAAUAUCAAAUUUCUAAAAUUAUUACAAAAAAUUUGUAUU